AAAAGAUUAUUUCCGAGUCAAAGUUCAUUUGAGUUAAACAAGAUGGCGGCUCCCUCAGAGUUGUUUUGCUGGAAAGGCAGUUGGGGUUUACCUUCUGUUGAUACUGACAGUCUAAUUGUGUUGGCAUAUGCUCGAUUUGCUGGAACCCCACUGAAAGUUCACAAGAUCUCCAACCCCUGGAGGAGUCCUACAGGUUCACUCCCUGCUCUGAAGACCAAAGAGGACGGGAGCUUCUCUCAACCCGGCAAGAUUAUCAUCCAGCUCAGGAAACAGAAAUACAACGCGGACUACGAUCUGUCAGCAAAAGAAGGGGCCGAUACACUCGCUUUUAUCUCACUGUUGGAAGAAAAGCUGAUGCCUGCUCUGAUUUAUGCUCUGUGGGUUGAUCCUAAGAAUUAUGCUGAUGUGACACGUCGCUGGUAUGCAGAGAACAUCUCCUUUCCACUGAACUUUUUCCUGCCGGGCCGCAUACAGUGCCAGCAGCUGGAGAGACUGCGACUCAUGCUGGGAAACAACACUCUGGAGGCCGGCGAGGAGGCUGAGGAAGAGCUAUACAGUGAUGCUCUGGAGUGCAUGAACCUCCUCUCUCAGCGCCUCGGCUCAAACAGAUUUUUCUUUGGGGACUCGCCCUCCUCCCUUGAUGCCUAUGUGUUCGGUCACUUGGCACCUCUACUGAAGAUCAUUCUGCCCUGCAACAGACUACAGCAGCAACUGAAGGCUCUGGACAACCUGCCCAAAUUCUGCUCUAACAUCCUCUCCCUGUACUUCCCUGAUGAGAAUAGAGAAGGAAUUGGUCAGCCGGCAUCCAAGAUGCCUGAAGGGAGUGACAAUGACCACGAGCCUUACAAGAGACACAAGCAGCUGCUGUCCGUCCUGGUCGCUGUAGCAGCCAUGCUGGGUUACGCUCUCCUCACCGGCAUUGUUGCUAUUGAGCAUGUUAAAGAGGAGAGGACAACAGGAAACUCCUCCAUUGAACUUCAGGAUGAAGAGGAUGCGUGAUGGAGGGAGAAAUGGGAAAUAUAAGAGGACACUUUAUUUUUCUGGUGGACAGGAAUUUUCACUGCAGCUUCUUACUAUGAGGAAGUUUAAGAUUAUCACGUGUCUUUUUCUAAUCAGAGAAAUAUGAAUAGGAUUUGGGCUUUGCUUUUUUCCCCCCUGCAUAUAUGACAAUCCAUGACUUUUUCCAGUUCAUCCUAUUCUAGAUACUACAUUAGUAACAUUAGCUUUUCAUUGCACUAAAUGUGAAAUUUAUUAUUAAAGUUACUAUGUUCUGUGAUCAGUGCUAUCAGUGCAGUAUCUUUUAUUUGACAUUGGGUUCAUUAGUAUAUGUUUUGGUCAAAUUCCAUUGGUGGACCAAUUAAAGUAUCACAGCUCGAUAAAUAAUCUCUGUUCCUAGCACCUAGAUGACAAGAUUGUUAGCCUUGCUGCCUUGUUCACUGAGACACACGUUUCUGCUGACUGUUGCAAUUUUCACACUAGUAAUAAUGUUAGUAACAAAGUGCUUAGGUAACUGAUUAAUUAUUUAUUUUGUUUUAUUUUUAGGUUUGUUCCAAAAGCUUUUAAAACACUGUAAGUAACAUUUGAAACAGGAGCUUUAAUAAAGUGUUAUUUGCCUUGUUGCAAA